CCAGAUGGCGCCACCAUUUAAAUUUCUUAACAAUAAUAUUCUAACAAUCAUCACCAUGUACAACGCGGCACAUGCUACAUUUGGUGGCAGUGGUGGGAUCCCUAACCAGUGCGGUGAAUUUUGCCGUUUCAAUCGCGUCGCCGAAGGUCAUCUUAGUUUUGUUUUAUAGAUGGCUGAGAAGACUCAGGCAAUCCGAGUCGAUAGUGAAAUCUCCAUGAUGAUCCAGAAACCUACUAACAGCGAUGCUGAUUCCAUUGAAAUCCAGGAUCUUGCUGACGGUGAUCAACAUGACACUGUUGCGGAACAUGGAGAUGAUGGUGGGUGUAACAUCACGGAGGAAGAGCUAUCCAAGCGGUUAUCUGAAAUACAACAGUGGAAAGCAGAACUUUCAGCAGAAGAGAGUAAACUACUCAGCCAUCAUGCAUCUGCUGGUAAUACACCACAAAAUCUCCAGAAUACUUCAGCAGCCUCCAAUUCAAGUUAUUUAACGGACAGCAAUGUCCCUCCAGUUUCCAGCAUGCCAAGCACCACUACUGCUGUAUCUGCUCCAUUGGUUGUGAGCACUCCAAGAAGUUUGCUGAACUUUGUCUCUCAUGUAAAUACUCCACCUGUAAAUACAAUUAGUGUUAUUGAUACAAAUGCUGCAGCUGUAAAUAAUAUGUAUACUACUAACAACCAGAAUAACCAAAACAACCAAAGAAAUUCCAGUCAUGACCAAUGUGUGAUGUCCAACCCCAAGUUGCAUAGAGUUCAUCCCAAAGAAGUUCCAUUAGUAAAACAGACACCAUUUUUGCCUGUUGCCACUAUGCAACCCCCCUCCCGCAAAGAACACAAAGUCCGUCCAUAUAAUGGAAAAUCCAGUUGGCGAACGUUCAAGUUCUCUUUUGAUACCAUAGCAGAUGUCAAUGGUUGGGAUGACCCCCGCCGUGCAGUUGAGCUGUUGACGUGCCUUGAAGGGGACGCCCAGAAGGUGUAUGACAUCAUCGAACCUGCACGUAAACUAGAUUACCAUUAUGUAUCUAGCUGCCUGAAUGACCUGUUCAAUCCCAACCACCAAGAAGAAAAAUACAGAAAUCAAUUGAGAAAGAGGCUGAAAAACAAGGGUGAAAGCGUCAAUUCCCUUGGCUAUGACAUUUUACGCUUAGCCAAUUUAGGUUAUCCUCACUUACCUGAGGAGUCCAGGGACCAGUUUGCUCUUGAUUCCUUCAAACAUG